AUGUUUCAUGAACGAGGAAUUCCAAGUAAACGUAAGUCAUUAGCUUACAUUGAUUACGUCCCUGCCCUUUGUACACACCGCCCGUCGCUGCCCGGAACUGAGCAAUAUCGAGAGGCAGGAAGAGAUAUAAAUAAUUUUAUAUUUUUUAUGUUAAAUCCUUCCAAUCGCUGUUGUUUGAACCGGGCAAAAGUCGCUGGCGUGAUAAUAGCAUUGAAGGUUAUAAGCGUAAGCUUGACUGGAGCUGUUAUUAGUGCAGAUCUUGGUGAUAGUAGCAAAUACACAAGUGAGAAUCUUGUGGACCGAAGUGGAAAAGGGUUUCACGUCAACAUCAUUUGA